CGCAAUCUUAUUGUAGCACAUUUGACUAGCACUGCUUCCGAAAGCCGUCGGUGGUCUCUGGCAACAAAUGACCAAGACGCCAGGCUAUGUCGUGGAUGACAAGUUCCCUGAUGUGAUCGAGUACCUUGAUAAAGCAGGAUGGACUGCAUGUCCGCACCACACAUACCCGAACUGCAUGCUUCGGUACACAAACUACGUGAAAAUCCAGUGGAGCUACGUCAAGCCGCACCAGGUGAUUAACCAUCUCCAACACGCAAUUCUCCUCAGCAAGAAGCACGAACUCCUGCGCCACCUCGAGAUCCGACAGGGGGUCUAUGAGUUCCUUCCGCGAAGCACCACGACCGUGGAUGCCUGGUUCCCCAUGUUCGUGUAUGCUCAAGCGCUUCUCGUUCUCAAAAACCCAUCCACCUAUGCGGCCAACCUUCCCGCCGCUCGCUGCAUCGCCCACGAAAUCCGACGCUUGAACGAUCCAUCGCGGCGGAAACAUGGCCUCAUCCUUAUGUACGAGUCCUUUGUCACCAGUCAUGCGGACACGAUAGCGACUCUGAUAUCCGCCACGCGUACUCCAUUCGAACCAGUACCGCCACAUGCUCCAGACGACGAUGCAUUGCUGACGCAUUUAGAAGCAUGUGAUCCCCAGUUCCACUUUGUUUCGACGCGGAAUCUAUGGAUCGCCAAACCAACGGGGCUGUCCCAAGGACGAGGCAUCCAAAUCCUGUCGACGCCCAAGCAAGUGCAAGCGUACAUGGCAGACGCGCAGCUCAAAGCGGUGGUCUUGCAGCAGUACGUAGAGCGCCCCCUGCUGGUGUUGGGGCGGAAGUUUGACAUUCGGCAAUGGGUGCUCGUCACCGCCACGGCCCCGCUGACCAUUUACUGGCAUCGCCACUGUUACCUUCGGUUCUCGUCCAAGCCGUAUUCUGUUACUCACGACGGCGACCUCGACGACAAAUUUAUACACUUGUGCAACAAUUCGAUUCAAAAGACCGCUCCGAAUGCAGGCAACGACCAUCCGGACAUUCCACAGCACAUGUGGAGCCUCGACCGAUUCCUCCUCCAUCUAAGCCAAGUGGGAGGUCGUGAUCGUUGGGACAGUGCCACGUUGCCAGCCAUGCAACAUGCCGCCAUUGAAGCCAUUUUGUCUGUCCAGUCCAACUUGACUCGCGUGGGGAGAGGGUUUGAGUGGCUGGGUCUGGACUUCAUCUUGGACGAGCGCUUGCAUCCGUGGCUGUUAGAGGUGAACGUAAGUCCAGAUGUGAGCCAUAGUACCUCCACCACCGCCGACCUCGUCCCGCAAGCCACCCGUGACCUCCUCGACUGUACGUACCAACAACAUGAUAACCUAAUAAGUCACCCACAUGUCUGGUGUUGCCCACGGACCAAGUGACGCAGAGGGACAGUAGGACCACCCACGACAACGUGUGGACGCUGUUGUAUCACCAACAUGUACCCCAGAGCGGUCAAUAAACGAGUAUAAGAGUAAUAUGUAUCUG